GAAUAACGUGUCGCUCUCAUCCCUCCCAUGUGGCAAGACUCAGCAUACGGCGCGUCCUCAUCGUAUUACGCCCCUCCCCAGGGCACACCGCUGCAAUUUUACUCCGCCCCUCCAUCCGUGGGCUCUGACCCCAAUGCCCUCUCUGCCUCGUCGGGCUUCUACCCUGGUUCGCGGCCCAGUCUGGAGGGAAACAUGUCUGGCGUGCAGGGCUCUAUGGGUUCGGGCUCUGGCUACGGCGGAAGCAUCCAAUCUCAGGGAGGCUGGUGGACUGCAUUUGGAACGGGCGGAUUCGAGGGGGAACCGCCAUUACUCGAAGAGCUCGGGAUCAAUCUCUCGCAUAUUCGCACAAAAUCGUUGACCGUGCUAAACCCGCUUGGCCGGAUCGACGAACACAUAAUGGACGACGCGGAUCUGGCUGGCCCCGUCUUCGUCUGUUUCUGUUUUGCCACUUGUCUUCUUCUUUCGGGUAAAUCGAAUUUCGGUUACGUCUAUGGCGUUGGAUUGCUGGGGUCGCUGUCGAUCUACACCCUGCUGAACCUGAUGUCUGAGCACGGCAUAGACGCGUACCGUGUCGCUGCAGUACUUGGCUAUUGCCUGUUGCCACUGGUUGGCGUGGGUGUGGUCAGUGUCAUGGUGGCUCUUGAUGGUGUCUUCGGCUACUUGCUGUCCACGUUGUCGAUUCUCUGGUGCACGUAUGCCGCAUCUGGGAUCUUCGUUGCGGUGCUGCGGAUGUCAGACCAACGUCUAUUGGUCGCGUAUCCCAUCGGCUUGCUAUACGGAUGCUUUGCGUUGCUGAGUGUGUUCAGCGGCGGCGUCAUCAGUAAAUGAGAUACAAAUAUGAUUUGUCAGGAUUAAUUAGGUAUAAUUUAGUCGUCCAUCCGGAUGAGGUUGCGGCUCC